CACCUAGACUAAUUUUCUAGUGACAUCGCAUGUGCCUGGGUGCCCGCUCCCUUUGCGCGGUAUACGCGAGGGCGAUCAAGUGCCAUCUGUCCUAUGAUCGUCCCCAACUCCAAGUUCAGAAGCAUCUGGGGCGGUCUGUCGAGAAUCUAUCUCCGAAAAAGACAGAAGCGCAUCAAACUGCUCAGAUCAAUCGACAUCCGGACUCUGGCCAUCCUCUUUUCGUCAACGCUAGGCUCCCGCAGGUGCGUGUGUGCCCUUCUUUCGAGGCACCACGCGUCCAUCGACGAGCACGUCAUCUGGGAGCCCACCAGGCCGUCAGCAGCAAUGAGUGCCUGGAGCCCAAAUCCAGGACGAUCAUUUUCAGCUAGUAAGUCGCCUAGUGAACGCAGAACACAGACGCACCAAGUUUAUAUAAAAGGGGCUGAGAGCGAAGGCGUCGACCUAGCCUACUUAUUCCUACUGACAGACAUGAAGUUCGCAGCUGCCGUUUUCCUGAGCGUCGCUCUGUUACACGCUGCCUUCGCAGCCCCGGUCGCCGAGGCUAACGAGCUCGCCCGUCGUACCAGCCCCGGUAGCGGGAGCUACUCGUCAUGGCGCGACAUCGUCGACGGCGCCGAUGAGGUCAUAGAUCUCACUCGCCGCACCAGCCCGGGUGGCAGCAAUUACAUUGGCUACCAUGACAUUGUCAAUGAUGCUUCCAGUGAGGACUAGCUACUUUUCGUGUGUCCGUCGCAGCGGAUGGCAGUAGGGAUUCCGUGUAGUAUUGGAUGAUGUUUGUCAUGAAGA